AUGGAAGGUCCGUUUCCCAAUGUGAUGAAUCAACCGGACCGAAAUGAAUUGGGGAAUCCCCCGAUGGUCAUCCAGCAGUAUGCAAGAUAUCCGCCCACUCUCGAGCCCGGGUUACAAAGCGCAUCUUCGCUAGGAAGCGCUCGCAGUCGCUUACCGGCCUCCAAAUCACCUCCGCUCAAUCGCAAAGCAACCCCUCGCAGCUUGCAGGCAUCGCCAACCGGCGUGCGAUCGGCACCUCCUCCAGUAACCGCCGCGCAGCCCGGACCUUCUAUGACCCCGCCGAUGUUCGACCCUCUUCGCCAGAGACAACCAAGGGAAUCGAUGGAUCAGCCGGAUUCUCGAGCGUUGCCGUCUCGCGACAUCAAGGAUGAUACAAUCGACGAUGCCUACGUGAUGUUUAUCUUCCACUGUAACCCUAACGUUCCGUUAUCUGUGGACACCAGCGAACUACGAAAAACGUUCCGAUCGCCUCCCCGAAGUGACGGCAAGAGCUUCAGCAUAUUCACGCUGUGGGAGCUGAUUCGCAAACUUGACAAUAAAGAAUUGAAGACUUGGAUUUCCUUGGCGACCGAACUUGGGGUUGAACCUCCCGUGAUGGAAAAGGGCCAGAGCACGCAGAAGGUGCAACAAUACGCGGUCCGUCUAAAGCGCUGGAUGCGAGCGAUGCAUGUCGAUGCAUUCUUCGAGUACUGUCUCGGCCAUCCACACCCCUACUACAAUCAGAUUCCCACCAAUAAUUCAGUUGUUAGCGACAGUCGCGACGGUGUGCCGCUGGAAGAGGAUCUGGCGCUGCGAGCUCUUGUGCCCCAGUGGAAACCGAAACGGGGUAGGAAAAGGGCCGAUGAGCGGGACAUAACAUUCGAACGGGUUACAAAACGACCCUCUUUAGACACUUCCAUCGGCCUCAUCCACGCAGGCCCAUUUCCGGGGCACUCGGCGACCUUCCCUCCAAGCGCCAUUCCGUUCAGCGCUUUCCCGGACGAGAUCGAGACGCACGACCCAUGGAUGGCCACCCCCUCUACGUUUCCGACUGCCGGGCCCCCAGACUCGUCUACUAUUCACCACGGACCUGAUCCACGAUGGAAACCCAUCGAGCGCGAUGCGUCCCCAGCUGGCUAUCCACAAUCGGCCAUCAUACCUCGACACCAUCAUCCCUCCGAAGUUUACUUGCACUCUACCGAACCACGGUCCGCAGUGACUCCGUCCUCGGGUGACAAGCCACGUCCCAAACGACGACACGGCCCCGCUGUAUCAUCCGCGUGGCCCAGCAACAAUGGAUCAUCCACGGGCAAGACUCGUGGGCGACCACCAAACCGGGGAACCGUCUCGGGCCCCUUUUCAUCAUUCCCUGUAAAUCCCAACCGUUCCGAUCCGACUCAGGUACACCAACCUACUUCAAGGCCGUCGCCUGCCAUCCUUCUCGACCACGAUUCUUCCCACCGUUUCUCUCAGUCCCAAUACCAGCAGUCACCGACGCCGUUCCCUGGUCCUAGACCUAACAAGUUGCAGCUUCAGGUGCCGCAUCACUCAGGCGCACCGGUACGCUUAGCCACGCCUCCAACCCUCAUGCUCAACGGUAUCAACAAUCCCUCGGGUUCUUUGAAGAUUGAAGGCAGCCAGCGGAACGGAGCCGCAGCACCGACUCACGAGAUGCACAGCGCAAUUGCCCCUCAUCCUCAGAUCCCGGUGGCCCGAAACGGCCACUCCCAGGCGGAUCUAGUCUCCGAUGAUGCAGUUCGGGUGUUGGCAGGGGAGCUGCUGCGAGCCAAGGUCACCGGUCGCCCGGCCCCCCUCAACGCCGAAGAGGCCCGCAACUUGGCACUGUCCGUCGUGACCACUUUGACGGCUUCGUACUCCCACGCACCAUUGGGGUCACCAGUCCUCAUGUCCGUUCUCCACCUGGGACUGGGGCCGCAUUUCGGUUACCCCGGUGUCAUGGAGAGCGCAAUGAUUGUGCAUGUGGAAUUAGCCCCUAUAGCUCCUGCAAACAUGCCAGGUGCGUCAGGUCCUGGUGGCGCCCCACCGAACUUUGUAUACAGUAUCUCCCACGAGUACAAACAUGGCCUUCAUUUUACAACCAAAGUCACAUACGGCGAUUUCACCAUCGGCAAAAACGACGGCAGCAAACGCGAGAGCAUCUCUCGAAUCACUGACGACCCUGACAACAGCAUCGCAGAUUUGGACAGUUUGACCGAUGCCGAAUUUGAGGUCGAUGGGGCCGAUAGUAAUGCUUCCGAAAUAACCUGGAAGCAACGGUACAUUAAAAUGCGGGCGCAGUUACAGAAGAGGGAGCGUUCACUGUCAAUGUACAAGCGGAAGAUUCUUGAGUCAGUCAUGGCAGACAUCUAG